CCUGCGGCAGGGGUCCCUUCACCAGGAAUUUGACCUUGCGGGCGUUGGAGCUGAGGCGGUCACCAGUGUCGAUGCCCAAUUUCUGGCACACCGCGCUGAUCAUGCGGCGUAUCUGUCAGCGAGAGGCACCGUGGCAUGUGCGGUGAGAGGCGGCGGUGAGCGUCCUGCAAUGGUGAUGGUGGCGCUGUGACCUGCCCGUGACCUGCACAGCCUGCCCAUCCCUCCACAGGAUCAAGAUGAAGGCCAUUCUGAAGUACAUUGAGGUGGAGAACUUCAAGUCUUACCGCGGCUUCUACCAUGUCGGCCCCCUCAAGCCAUUCACGGCUGUCAUCGGUCCUAAUGGAUCCGGGAAGUCAAAUUUCAUGGACGCCAUCUCCUUCGUGAUGGGGGAGAAGACGUCCAGCUUACGAGUGAAGCGGCUGAGCGACCUCAUCCACGGCGCGUCCAUCGGCCAGCCCAUCUCUCGCUCCGCCCAUGUGACGGCUGUGUUCGAGAUGGAGGAUGGCCGUGAGAAGCGUUUUACUCGAAUGGUUCAGGGAUCAUCGUCAGACCACAAGAUCAAUGGCGAGGUGGUGAGCAGCCAGACAUACCUGAAGGAGCUUGAGUCGCUGGGCAUCAACGUGAAGGGCAAGAACUUCCUGGUGUUCCAAGGAGCUGUGGAGUCCAUCGCCAUGAAGAACCCCCGGGAGAGGACCGCCCUGUUUGAGGAGAUCAGUGGAUCUGGUGCACUGAAGGAGGAGUAUGACCGCCUGAAGGGGGAGAUGCUGAAGGCCGAGGAGGACACACAGUUCACGUAUCAGAAGAAGAAGGGCAUUGCGGCUGAGCGGAAGGAGGCCAAGCAGGAGAAGGAGGAGGCGGAGCGCUACCAGAGACUCAAGGAUGAACUGGGAGAGAAGCAAGUGGAGAUGCAGCUGUUCCGCCUGUACCACAAUGAAAAGGAGAUAGCGGAGUUUGAGAAGGAGGCACGGAGGAAGCACGGAGACCUGGAGAAGGUGGAGAAGAAGAAGGAGAAGGCGGAGGAGGUGCUGAAGGAGAAGAAGAAGGAGCAGACCAGGGUGUCCAGGGAGAUGGCCAAGAUGGAGCAGGACAACAGGGAGCUGGAGUCUGAGGUGAACAAGCGGCGGCCAACAUUCAUCAAGGCUAAGGAGAGGGUGACACACAUGCAGAAAAAGGCAGACUCAGCCCGUAAAUCCCUGGGUCAGGCCAUCAAGGCUCACAAUGCUCACAUGGACGACAUCCGGGAGCUGGAGAGUGAGCUGCAGGAGGUGGAGAAGAAGAGGGCUGAGUUUGAGGACCAGGUCUCGCAGGAUUCCGAGAGCCAAGGCAAGAGUGUACAGCUGGAGGAGGUGCAGGUCAAGGAAUACCACAAGCUGAAGAACGCAGCGGCCCGCAAGUCUGCCCAGUACCUGCAGGAACUCGACUCCAUCAACCGGGAGCAGAAAUCCGACCAGGACCGGCUUGACAAUGCCCAGCGGAGGACAGCAGAGAUUGAGAACAGGCUGCGGCAGAAGGGGCAUGAGCUGGAGGAGGCGCAGAAGAGGGUGGAGAAGCUGAUGGAUCACAUUCGCCAGUCUGAAACGUCCCUUGAGGAUCAGAAGAAGCUGAGACAGGAACUUGUAUCAGAUGUGGGGUACAGCAAGGAGAGGAUCACGCAGCUGCAGGAACAGUUGGAGAGCGUCACGGAGCAGCUAGGUGAUGCUCGGGUGGACAAGCACGAGGACUCCAGGCGCAAGAAGAAGCAGGAGAUUGUGGAGAACUUCAAGCAGCUGUACCAGGGAGUGUAUGACAGGAUGAUCAACAUGUGUCAGCCCAUCCAUAAGAGGUACAAUGUGGCCAUCACCAAGGUGCUGGGGAAGUACAUGGAGGCCAUCGUGGUGGACACGGAGAAGACGGCGCGGCAGUGCGUGCAGUACCUGAAGGACCAGAUGCUGGACCCAGAGACCUUCCUGCCCCUGGACUACAUCCAGGCCAAGCCACUCAAGGAGCGCCUCAGGAACAUCAAGGACCCCAGGAACGUCAAACUUCUGUACGACGUGCUGCAGUACGACCCUCCGGAGAUCAAGCGUGCCGUUCUCUUCGCCACAAACAAUGCACUGGUCUGUGAGACGCCAGAGGAUGCGUCCAAGGUGGCGUAUGACAUGGAGGAUGGCCACCGCUAUGAUGCCGUGGCACUGGACGGAACGUUCUUCUCCAAGUCUGGCAUCAUCUCUGGUGGCAGUCUGGACCUGGCACGCAAGGCCAAGCGAUGGGACGAGAAGCACCUGUCCAACCUGAAGGCGUCCAAGGAGAAGCUGACAGAGGAGCUGCGGGAGGCCAUGAAGAAGUCCAGGAAGGAGUCUGAGCUGAACACGGUGGAGUCUCAGGUGCGAGGCAUUGAGACCAGACUCAAGUACUCUCGCACCGACAAGGAGACCACGGAGAAGCAGAUCGCACAGCUGCAGGUGGAGAUUGACAGGCUGAAGGGGGAGCUGGAUACCUUUGAGCCGCAGCUGCACGACAUUGAGAAGACCAUGUCUGAGCGGGAGGCGCUGAUGAGUGACGUGAAGGAGAAGAUGAACACCGUGGAGGAUGUCGUGUUUGCCGACUUCUGCAAGAGUAUCGGCGUCACCAACAUCCGGCAGUACGAGGAGCGGGAGCUGCAGGCACAGACGGACCGUGCCAACAGACGCUUUGAAUUUGAGAAGCAGAAAAACCGGAUCCUGAACCAGCUGGAGUUUGAGCGUUCUCGGGACACACAGAGUAACGUGGCGCGCUGGGAGCGGGCCGUGCAGGAUGACGAAGAUGCCCUGGAGCAGGCAAAGCAGGCAGAGCAGAAGCAGAUGGCGGAGAUCGACAAGUCAAUGAGGGAGCUGGACAAGAAGCGGUCGGAGAAGCUGGCCAAGAAGUCUGAGCUGGAUGAGAUGGAUGAGGAGAUCGGCAAGGCACGGCGGGAGGUGGGGACCAUUGCCAAGGACAUCCAGAGUGUGCAGAAGCAGAUUAACUCCAUUGAACACAAAAUGGAGCAGAAGAGAGGAGAGAGACACUCUAUCUUGAAGCAAUGCAAGAUGGACGACAUUCUGCUUCCCAUGACCCGCGGCAACAUGGAGGACAUAGAAAAUGAGGGAAGGGAGGCAGGGGAGUCUACUUUAGAGUACUCAUCUGGCAUGAACACACAGAUGAUGUAUGAGAAGGAGUCGCGCAUUGUGAUGGACUAUUCGUUGCUGUCGGAGGCCCACAAGGAGCUGGACGACGCGGAUGACGUGCACAAGGCGGAGAAGCGCAUGCAGAAACACAUCAAUGACCUCAUGAACACCAUCCAGCGCAUCCAGGCACCCAACAUGAAGGCAAUGCAGAAGCUGGACCUGGCGAGGGAGAAACUGCAGGAGACUAACUCGGAAUUUGACAACGCUCGGAAGCGCGCCAAGAAAGCCAAGCAGGCAUUUGAGCGAGCCAAGAAGGAACGCUACGACAAGUUCAUGGCCUUCUUUGAACACGUGUCCAAUGAGAUUGAUGGCAUCUAUAAGGCGCUGGCCAAGAAUCCAUCAGCACAAGCCUUCCUGGGGCCGGAGAACCCUGAGGAGCCCUACCUGGAUGGCAUCAACUACAACUGUGUGGCACCCGGCAAGCGGUUCCAGCCCAUGUCCAACCUUUCUGGUGGAGAAAAGACCAUUGCGGCGCUAGCACUGCUCUUUGGCAUCCACAGUUACCAGCCGGCUCCAUUCUUUGUCCUGGAUGAGAUUGACGCGGCGCUGGACAACACAAACAUUGGCAAGGUGGCGUCCUACAUCCGGGAAAAGAAGGAGCAGCUGCAGACGAUCGUCAUCUCACUCAAGGAAGAGUUUUACCAGAAUGCAGAUGCUCUUGUCGGGAUCUGCCCUGAUCCUGGGGAGUGUCUGAUCAGCAAGGUGUUGACACUGGACAUGGAGCGGUACCCCCUGCAGAAGGUCCCGGAGACACCUGGCCCCUUUGGCCCCCAGUGAGAUGGAAGCACAAGAAGAAUCACCACCAAGAACAAUACAAGUAAGAUGACCAAGAAGAGAAGAGAUGAGACCACCAGUGUUUUAUAAUAGUGGCAGAUUGUGAAGGCAUUAAUUGUAUUUUUUUUUGCCCCAGGUAGAGGUAAUCUUAGGCACCAGUUACAAGUCUCCUGUGUACCUCUGAGUGGCUCCCAGUGAUGGAUGCUUGCUGUGACAGAUGUUAGGGUGAAUAGGAGAGAAAGGUGUGUGUGUGUGUGUGUGUGUGUGUGUGUGUGUGUGUGUGUGUGUGUGUGUGUGUGUGUGUGUGUGUGUGUGUGAGAGUUGAGUGAUUUGUUCUCACAAUUGUGGUUCUUAUGACAGUGACUUUGUGAGAGGGUGAGAGUUUAUAUGUUAGUCUUUGGUGAGUAAACAUGGUUCUGAAGAUUUUUGAGUCUGGUGAGAGAGAGACAAGAGUUUAUAUGUGAGGCUGUGAUGAGUGACUGUAGUUCAUAAUUUGUGAGAGAGGAAUAAGUAAAGGUAAUAAAUAUACAAAGUAGCCUAUAUUAGGUUUACACUUCACUUUAGAAUACAAAUAAAUGUUAUUUAGGUUUUUACUCUAUUGUGUAUAUAUUUUAUAUAUAUAAAUGUUCUGGCUGACAUGUCACUUCUGUUAGUUUGGAAUACUGCUAAUACUGUGUAUACCAGCUGGUGACUCCCUUUAGUGGUGUAGCCCUAACAAGAAACCAUUAUUAUUGUAGGGUAAAAAUAAGUACAUAUGAAAAGGUGCCCAGGUCCACCAUCUGUGUGUGUGUGUUCUAUGUGUUGGAGGAGGGGGCUGUGGGUUCGUAAACAUACAUACUGUGAGCUUUGAUAGAGAGAGAGAGGGGGGGGGGGAGUGAUUAGCAGAAGGGGAGAGGAUAUGUAACUUCCAACAUGACAAUAUUUAUGAUGAUAUAUAUCUCUUGUCAUCAUCCUUUGCCUUUCUUGUAUCAUUCUUCCUUUCUUCUGUCUUGAAUAUCUCUGUUGUUCCUAGUUAUGGCAUCUUGUUUUCUCCCAUCAUUCUUCUGCCACACUCUUCUCUCUUCUCUGGUGUGCUAAACUCCUCAGUCCUGUGUGCUUCAUUACUCAUCAUCCUUUUAGUGGUUCCUCUUCACCACUCCCAGAUCUCAGUCACUUACAACCUUGAAGUCUUGAGUGUACAAUUUCUCUCUCUCUCUCUCUCUCUCUCUCUCUCUCUCUCUCUCUCUCUCUCUCUCUCUCUCUCUCUCUCUCUCUCUCUCUCUCUCUCUCUCUCUCUCUCCCAAAAUUUGUCAUUUUUGGAAAGGAUUUGGAGUGUUAGAAUAAUUGUAAUUAAGGGCAUUUAAUUUUAAUGUCUGUUUAAAUUACACAAGGUUUUAUUGCUAUUUUAAAGGACCCCAAUCUUAUUUCUCUUGUUACAAAAGAAAAGGCAAGACUGAGGACUGGGCACCCUUUCCUCCUCCUACAGGGAGAUGAGGUAUCUUGGCUACCAACCUUAAGAGGGACAUCAGCCUGGAGUAUGUUUGUCUGUCUAAUAUACAUAUCCUUCUAUCUAUCUAUCCAUCAACAUAGAUAUAAUCAUUCUAUCUGUCUACAUACAUUAUAUCUGCAUACAUUACCUAAAUCUGUCAAUCUACAUAUUUUUUAAUUUCAUCUAGUUCUUUCCACUCCUUACUUUUCCUGUUCAUGUACAAAAAUAUAGAGAAUGAAAGAUUGAAUUUGUCAUGAUUUAUUAGGGAAGCUGAGAGUAAUAAUUUAUGUUCAGGAUUGGUGAGAAUAAUUUAAUAUCAAAACUCACCACAGCUUACCAGAUUUAUGUAUUAAGUUAAUUCUAUAGUAAAAUACUGUGCAUUUCUCUUUAUAAUUAUGGACGAUGAAUACAGAAGUCUUCUAUUUUUUGUUAAGAGUUGAAAUACCAGCCUUAUUUUAGUUUAGAAAUGUUAUGGUGUACAAAUAUAACUAAGAGAACUUUGCUCAACACUGGUUUAUCUAUUGUUUAUUAAUUAGUGUAUUGUUUAUUGAUUGGUAACAAUUGUGUAAGAGCAAUGUGAGGAUUUUAAAGAGUGUAUAUGGAUGGACCAGGUAGGGGAAGUUACAAAGCAUUUGGGUGUACAGUACAGACCAUUAUCAUAUUUCCCUUUAAUUCUAUAUUUUACCAUCUAGAGGGUUCUUGAUAUUUCCCUCUCUUUUUCUCCUCCAUUUUUAUUUCUUAGGUUAUUGUUACCUAUGAAAGUUCUUAAUUCAUUGCUAAGUUGUUUCACUUCAGAGACUAUAUUCUUAAUAAUGUAAAGAAAAGGUCAGUAAUUUAUUUUUUUAUUUAUUUAUUUUUUUCCAUUAAUUCCUGAUGCUUUUAUUCCUCCAAAGCCUUUAUUUCCAACCACGAAUCGAGGUUAUUUAUCUUGUCAAGUCACUUAAUUCCUGGCCAUGUUACUUGUGUCUUUAAAUAAUGUCAGAAGUGGUCCUCAGUCAGUGUUGGGCAAGGCAACUGCUUAGUGAUCAGUGUGUUUGUGUGUUUGUGUGUCAUACUGAAGAUGCCUAUUCAAGUGUUCAGUUCUGUGUAUUGUGUUUAUACUUAGCACCUUCACUUUCUGUACCAUUCCCAGUCUUUUUUUGUAUAUGAUUUUAAGUCGUGAACAUGCAAGAGAUAAAAGAAAGAGAUGAGUGAA